AUGAAGAAGUCGAUCAGCUUCACGUACCGGCCAACGGAGAGCAUGGACGCUGACGUGUCAGUGCCUGUCCAAGUAGCAACCAUCACUCCAGAGGGUGAUGUCCAGGACUGGGAUGACACUCACAUGCAGGAAGCCGAGGAUGAAACGGCCUCCCCGGUCCCUGAGCCUGCGCAUGCCGCGGUGGAUGGCAGUGCCAGGGAGAUGCCCCUCAGGAUCCUCGCGGCAGCGGACCAGAUGGCUUACGAGUGCGGAACGGAGCGCAUCCACUUCAGUUGCUCAGAUGUUCACUCCUCAGAGCUAGAACUGAAGCUGACCCAAGAGGUGUCCAACCCCGCCAAGAUUGCGCUCCCGUUCAACUGGCGAAUCCUCCCAGCGAAUGGUACGAUUUCAGCGGGCAGCAGCCAGGAGUUCCAGAUUCGCUUUGCGCCGAAAGAAGUGGAUGACUUUGCUGGUUUGUUGGACAGCCGCAUGCCUAUCCAGGAGCCUCUCCGAAUCCGCUUGCAAGCCUCCGCGCUGCGGCCGUGGUGUCACUUCGAGGUCCCGAUGAGCGACUACAGAUCGCGGCGACAAGCGGAGACUCCUCUGGACCCAAAGUACCAGGUCAUCGAGUUUGAGUCGCUGGGCACAAAGGUGCGGAACACGAAGCGAUUUUAUGUCUUGAAUCCCACGUCGGACACAUAUGAGUUCCACUGGAUGCCUGAAGAGACAGAGAAGAAGGAAACGGAGGAUCCCUUCCGCUGCCUCACAAAGCGUGGGACCAUCCUGCCUGGCAAGAAGUUCGAGAUGCUGUUUGAGUACUUGCCGGCAGAUACAGAAGUCCACGAGUCCCGGUGGCUCUUCUCCGUGCCCGGCAAGCAGGCAUCCCAGGCCUUCGUGCUGGUGGGGACUGUGAAGGAGCCUCGAAUGGGCUUAGACCGGCCAUGCAUCAAGUUCAACCGCCUCUUGCUGGGCGGCAAAGCUAUAGAGAAGGUGUGCAUUGUCAACAAGGAGCACCUGCCUUUCAGCUUUGCAUUUGAUCGCAAGAGCUAUGAGACUGAUGGGCCAGCAGCAAUCUCCCUUUCCCCAGACUCGGGCGUGGUUGGUCCUGGUGCAAGCUUCCCCAUUGAAGUGAAGUUUUCUCCAAACGAGGAACGAUUCUUCAACUACAAUGUCGUAUGCAACAUCAAGCGAAAAGAAAAGCCACUCCUCCUCAACAUCAAGGGCGAAGGGUACAAGAUCCACACUAAGCUCGUCUUGGAAGAAGCAGAUCGGGAAGGCAGAGUGCUGCAUCCUGGUGUUAAGGAACUCCUGGAUUUUGGCGAUAUGCAGGUACAGGAGAGGCAGAGCUUCACUCUGAAGCUGAGUAGCCCCACCUUCGAGCGGGACCGCACUGCAGCGGCAGACGCAGCGGAUGAGCAAAUGGCUGUAAGCUACGACUUCAUCUGGCAGCUACGCAGCUCGACGGGCCGGCUGAUGACCCCGCAAGCAGAGGGACCACCAUACCUCACUAUCACGCCCGUGCACGGCGUGGCCACGCAAGAUGGCGAGACUGUGAUCACCAUCGAGUAUACACCCACUGAUGCUCACAAGCUGGACGGUGCUUCCCUUCGAAUGCUCAUCCCCUCAGGCCCGGAUGACGCCAGCUACACCCUGGGCCUGGCAGGGCGCGCAUACAGGCCGAUGUUGGACUUCUCCACUCAGAACUAUGACUUCGGAUCCUGCUUCGUCAAGCGCACUGCGGCCAGUGCGGGUGAGCCAUCUCAGGGAAAGACGCCUAUGGAGCGAUUGGACUUGACGGUGACAAAUCGAGGCAUGACGGACUGCUGGCUCUCCACCACAUUCCAGCGAACGAGCUACCUUGACGUGCAGCUGCCGGCAUCCAUGGUGGAAGCCGGAUCGUCUGUUGUGGUGCCAGUCAUCUUUACUCCAAAAGACUAUGUUGACUAUCGGGAGUGCAUUGAGUUUGUGGUCAACGACUGCACCAAGUACUAUGUGAACUUACGAGGUCAGGGGUGCCCGCUUCAGCUAGAAGCAGCAUCGCUGGCCAUGCAGAACGUUGACUUCGGCGCAGCCGUUGGCAACACAGGUGUCACCCGGAGCCUGCGGGUCGUGAACCGGUCCGUUCGGCCGGUGGAAUUCUCGCUUCAAGAUGCAGAUGGAAAACUGGCCGAGAAAUGCAUCUCCUGGUCGCCUACGCAGCCGGUGAAGCUCAGGCCUAAGGAGCAGACCUCGUUCGAGCUGCGGUACAAGCCAUCCUUCCCGAUGCCGGUCUUUAAGCUGCCGCUUGUGGCCAGUUGCAACUUUGGCAUUGACAUGCACAUAUGUCACGUCACCGGCAGCUGCCAUGCGGCAGAAGUUCGCCUGUCGGAGCAUUCCCUUCUUUUCGGCGAUGUGGUGUUCGAUGCCACGAGCACCAAACGGGUUCAUCUCCACAAUUUCGGAGACCUGGGAGUGAAGUUCCGGUUCGACACCCCUCCAAAGUUGCAGAACACGUUCUCCGUGGAGCCAGCAGAGGGCUAUGCAGCUCCUCGAGACGACGUUCUCCUGCAGGUAAAGUUCCACCCGCAGAGGACUGGUGGAUCGGAUUCCCAGCCUAAACGGCUGCGAUGCCUUCUGGAGCCGCCGUACCAACAGGAGCCGAUUGAGCUCAUAGUGCAGGGCAAUGGCAUUGAACAGCCCGAUGGGUCGACAUUGCAGCUGCAAUUUGCAGCGGAAGUGCGUGAGCGCAAGACGCAGGAGAUUUCCUUCCCACCAACAGGGAAAAACACCAGCAGCGAACCAUGGAAGGUUCGGCCUGUGAUCAGCACGGAGGUGCCUGCGGGUGAGACAUUCUUUUCCUGUCCUGGGGAGAUAACAGUUCCUGCCGGAGGGCAGGCCAGCAUUCCCGUUACCUAUCGGCCCCUCACCAUGACACGGACCGGCGAUGUGGCUGAUGAUGAUGCAUCCCCGACGAAGGGCAAGAAGAAGGAUCCAACACCAGAGAAGCUUGUAGCAAUAAGAAGCAUAGUGGUCGGCUUUUCGCUGCGACUCCAGAUGGGAGCGCAUUUGUUUGGGCACUGGAAGGACUGCGGCGUGUCGAAUCCUCCUGGCCAAGACAAGAAGCUCACCGCGGAGGUACAGUGCAAGACCCCGCAUGUCCAGAGCGUUCCGCUGACAAACUGGCUACAGCAGAACCAGCGCUUCCAUGUGGAGAUUACUCUUGUGCAGCCGCCGGAAGCUACAGAGGAGAUAAAGCUGAAUGGCAUUGGCACCUUCGAUGUGCCUUCAGGCCAAGCAAAGGACUACAAGUUCAACGUUUACGCCUACAGAGAGGGUGCUGCUGUCGUUCGAGUUGUAUUCACCAACCCGAAGACUGAAGAGUUCGUGGGAUACGAGAUUAGCUUCAAGUUUGUUGCCCCGAACUCGAUUGACACGUUGCGCUUCAGCACGGUCUGCCGCCAAGUGGCUACCCGAUCCAUCUCGGUCAUGAACCCACUCUCCUCCAUCGCCAAGUUCAAGUGCCAGGCAACGCACCAGGACCUUCGCUUCUCGCAGACCGAGUUCUCUGUUGCGCCGAACUCCGAAGCAACUGUGGACGUACUGUUCCGGCCAGUCAUUGUCGGAACAGGUGAGGCAAAGCUGUCACUGAGUUCUCCAGAGCUUGGCGAUUUUCCGUACACGGUGGAGUAUACUGCAAAGCCAGCAGGCCUCGACAAGACGAUCGUGUUCAAAGCGCCUUUGGGAUCCAUGGACUCGAUACAACCUUUCCGGUUCUGGCACUACGCGCAGAAAGCUACAACCUUCACCGCAAGCAUCGAAGCAGCACCAGGCCAAAAAUCAGUGAGCUCGGAUUUUGCGCCCGAGAUCAAGGAAGUCAAAGUUGAGGCUGCUGGACCGGAUGGCCACGAAGUCUCCGUAAAUGUCAGAUUCCAGCCUUCUGAGCUUGGUGAGAUCCGGGGGCUGCUAGUCCUCAACUCCUCAGAUGGCGGGGAGUACAAGGCCCUUCUUAUGGGCUACGCGCAGCCGCCGCAACCGCAGGGACCCGUCGAUGUCCCGAAGGGGAAGCCGACCAAUGUGGAGUUCCAGAAUCCUUUCAUGGAGCCGGUGGAGUUUUCCUUGCAGGUGGACAAUCCCAGCUUCCAGCUAACGCAGCGCGCCGUAAAGCUGGAUCCAAAGAAGACUGUCCCGAUCCCCGUCUCUUUCACGGGCGACAAAGCCCAGGGCGGUCGCCUACUGGUCAGCGCUGGCCGGGUUUCCACCCCAUGGGUGAUCUUCCUCCAAGGCGUUCCGUGA